AUGUAAUAAAAGUUAGAAACAAUAAAAGGUUGGGAUAUUGACACAUCAUUUGAAUCGUAAGGAAUAUUGAAGCCUAAAAAUAAUUCAAUCAUAGCAGAAGAACAUUGUCAAAUGAAAACUUUGUCUUCUGAAAGAAAACCAUCUCCAAAAAAAAUAACUAAAACUCCAAAAACUCGAACUCCUAUAAAUUCUGUACACUAAGAAUAAGGCAGUGUAAGUUCAAAUUCUUUAGGGAAAUUAUAUGUAAAAAAACAAUUUAAGUAACCUCUGCCUCCUCCUUAAGUUUUAACAGUGUCUAAAUUAAAAUUAAGAUUAAAUGCUCUUCCAUAAUAACCUGCAAUGCCCCAAAAAGCUUAUUCAAGUACUUAAUUAAAUACAAUUUUGUAAUUGAAGAGAAAGAACUUGUAUUUANAAUUUUUUUUUCAAAAUUAGCUUCAGUCUAAUUGA